GCCGGUGGAAAAGUCGUUGCUGUCCAUUAGCUAGGCACCACACGUGCUCUUCUAGGUACAAUCAAGACAAAAAAAAAAUCUCUAUUACCCUCUAAUUCAUUGAUGAGAAAUCAAAGCUAUUUGUCAUUUCACCACACAUAAUUGGUCAGAUAUUUUGAAGACAUCUGGUCCACCAUAGGUGCCAACGUCUCUGGAAACUAUACCAACAAAAUUUCUAGUGAUGAUGACAAAUCUACAACGCGACUUUCACAUGGCUGAAGGGAAUGGAGAACAUAGCUACGCAAAGAAUUCGAGGGCUCAAGAGAAGCUUAUGGUACAAACUACGCCAAUUGUUGAGGAUGCCAUAAAGGAAGUAUGUACUGCCCUUGUCCCCAAAACCAUGGUCAUUGCUGACCUAGGAUGCUCUUCGGGACCAAACACAUUGCUCUUCAUCUCCAAUGUGAUAAACAUCAUAGCUGGCCAAUGCAAUAAAUCUAUUGGUGAAUGUGAUCCUGUGGAACUUCAGAUCUUCCUAAAUGACCUACCUGGUAAUGACUUCAACCAGCUCUUCAGUUCACUCGAAAACUUGAAGCAUGGUAAAAUAAUAGAACAAAUGGGGUACACACCGCCUUUGUACUAUAUUUCCGGGUUGCCAAAAUCAUACUACAAUAGGUUGUUUCCUCGUCGAAGUGUCCAUCUCUUUCACUCCGCUUGCUGCCUUCAUUGGCGAUCUCAGGUACCUGAGGAACUUCAUGCAAGAAAUGGGACUCCUUUAAACAAGGACAAUAUUUACAUCACAAAGACCACACCGUCGUCUGUGGUGAAGUGCUUCCAGGAGCAGUUCAAUAAGGAUUUCUCCCUCUUCCUGAAGUUGCGUCAUGAAGAACUUGUAUAUGGAGGGAAAAUGGUUUUAACAUUUGUUGGGAGGAAGGAUGAGGAUGUAUAUAAUGGAGACAUGAACCAACUUUACGGAUUACUUGCAAGAUCAUUGCAAUCUCUUGUUGCGAAGGGCCUUGUGGAGAAAGAAAGACUAGAAGCUUUCUAUCUACCGUUGUAUGGGCCAUCAAUUGCUGAAGUGAAGGAAAUAGUCAUGGAAAGCCACAUGUUCAAAUUGGAUUACAUCAAAUUACUUGAGCUAAGUUGGGAUCCCUAUGAUGAUACAGAAAGUGAUGAUGUCCAAGACAACAUCCGUAGUGGUAUCAAUGUUUCUAAGUUUGUUAGAGCAUUGCUGGAGCCUUUGAUUGCAAGUCAUUUUGGAGAUACCAUACCUAAGUUACUGUUUGAAGAGUAUGCAUGUCUCAUGUCCAAGCACCUUGAGCAAGGGAAGCAAAAAUCUUCCUUUAUCGUCAUGUCCUUGAACAAACUGUAGUAGAUAUACGUCAGUGCCAUUGAACAAAUUUCUAAUGAUAAUAAUAUAAUAUAAUAUAAUAUAUCUAAUGGGACCUAUAUAUAUGAA